GUUUGUCAAACGUUUAUUUUGAUAGUUCUUCGAUCCCGUUUUAAAAUAAUCGCGCUAUCAAGUUGAGUAAAUUACAAUUACUAGUAAUUCGCGCAAGUAUUUAAAAUAUAAAAAGGGUUAAACAGACGGCGACUCCACUCAUUGGACAAUAUGGCGCCCUGGCAAAGUACGCCAAGUUUAACCCAAGUGGUUGAACUUCGUCUUGAAGGACCAAAAAUUGUUGGUUAAAAAUUAUCAAAUCUUGUAGUCUUUGAUCUGAAAAGACCGAAAAUGCAAGUUAAAAGUUUAGGAAACCAAUAGUUUGAAAGAUACGAGUUACACAAGAAGAAAAAUACAACAAUGAGUUAGUAGUGAUACUCAUAACCAAAGCAUUAAUGUUUAAAUAUCGAAGAAGAUUUAUAAUAAUUAAGAACGUUAUAAUAUCAACUUCAGAUACAUGUAAGUAUUGUAAGUGUGUAAAUACAUUAAGGUUGUAAAGUUAAUCCAACAAAAUGAAGAGAGCACGUAUAAAAGCUAUGGUUACAGUCCCAGCAAGAAGAAAAACAACACAAGAUACACCUAAUGAAACCAUUGAUGUGACUGAAAGUGAUGAAAGAGAUAAAGAUAUAACUGAGAACAUUCCUGUGGUUUCUCAACAGGCAAUAGAUAAUAGUCUCCAAGAAAACCAAGCACAAGAAGAUUUAGUGGUGGAACAUACAAAAAAUGAAUCUUUGCAUGCUAAUCAAGAUAAUGAACCUAAAGAUAAUUUUAUACAAAGUUUGGAUGAACCAAAGAAAGAGAUUAUACAGUCAUUAGAAAUUUCAAAUGCAACACAAAUUACUUCCCCUAUAAAAUCAACGCAAAAUCGUUUGGGUUUCAUGAGACCAACUCCUAAACUAGAUAGCGGUGGUAGAGUAAGAAGAAAUAGUAUACAAGGAAGUGGAGCAAGCGCGAGUGAAUCUGAAGAUGAUAGUAGAAGAGCAACUUGUACUCUUGCCAAUAAUACAAAAAAUGAUUCACUUCAAUCAUCACAACCUUCUAAAGAUACUGUUGUUAAUAACACCAAGAAUAACUUAAUAAAAUCUAAGAUGGGUCAGAAGAGACGUAUGUUAGUUUCAGAAUCUGCAAGAAAAUUAGCAGAGGCUAGAAGAGAAUUUCAUUUGAAACAUGAAAAUAAAACACCAGAUAGAAGCAAACUUACAAUGUAUGAUUUGAUAUAUUACAAUCCUGUUACUAAUCCUAUGAAAAAAUCUAAAGAAUCAGGAGCAGCACCAAGAAAAGUAAUAGAAUAUCAGCCUGAUGAAUGUCAAGAAGAAGAAAAUGAGGAUGAUCCAUCAUCUGCAAUGCCUGUACCUCAAGUGAAAGUUGGACCAAACGGUCAAUUAAUAAUAGAUGAACAAAGCCUUGUUAUAGAACAAACAGAUGCAAAAAAGAGUAGAGAAGUAUUGGGAAAAGAAGCUAUUGUUGAUGAUGAAAAUAACGGAAGCGGGUUUUAUAAAAAGCGUCAAAAGAGUAAAGAUUGGCCAAAAUGGGAGACCUUAAAAUUUUAUAAAGCAUUAAAUACAGUCGGUACAGAUUUUUCGUUGAUGCAAAGCCUUUUCCCAAAUAGAACAAGACAAGAAAUGAAAGUAAAAUUUAAGAAAGAAGAAAAAGUAAAUCGAAAUUUAGUUGAAAAAGCACUUGCAUAUCAUCAAGAGUUUGAUACUGACAUGUUGGAAAAAUCAUUAGCUACCUUUGAAGAUUCAGCGAAAGAACAUCUUAAUUUAUUCGAAAAACGGAAACAACAAAGAUCAAAAGAUAAACAGAAUAUGAAAUUUCAUAAAAGGCGAAGAAUUAGGAUUGUGGCAUCCAGUAUUGGAGAAAUGGAUGCAUCAGACAAUGAAGAAAAUUCAGAUUGUUCAGAUGUAAUGCAAAACGCGGAGAAUACAAAAGAAAGUGAUCCGUGCCAAGAAACUUUAAAUAAACGAAAUAAAAAGGGAUGUAAAAGACUACGGGAGGAUAAGUCAUCAAGUGAAACAAAUGAUGAUAAAGAAACAUUAAGUGUAUUUAGUGAUGUUGAUAGUGAUACAGAAAUUUAUCGUGUGAGACCAACACGAUCUGGAAGGAUACCGAAAGUAAAAAAACUACAGGGGCCCGAUAUAAAUACACUUGACAGUGAAAGAUCUAAUAACUGUUCUAAUAGUUAUGAAAUUACAGAGCCAUUAGACGAUAAUACCGAAGUAUCAAAAAAUUUAACUUCCGAUAACGCUAACUUUAAUUCAGAAACCCAAUAUGCUGAUUCUAUUAAAACAGUCAUACCAAGUAUUGGUAAUGUAGAACCAGGAUCUUUAGUAAUUCUGUCAAAAGAAUCGCCAGAAGAACCUGGUAAAAAUGUUUUACAAGUUUACAUGGUUAGCUCAAAUGUUAAUUCUGAAAAUCUCAAAGAAUCUAAUAUUACGCCUAUAAAUUUAUCGCCAGAACUACUAGCCACAGUAACAACUAAAUUGUCAGACGCGGAAUCGGUUGCGGUAAAAACAGAAUGUGAGUAACUGAUUUAAAAAUAUUAACAAAUAUUCAAAUUUAUAUGCGAUCAGAACCGUUCUUUUUUUAAGUGCUAACUCAUGUUUGUUUUAAUAUAAAAAUGCAACUUAGUUAUUAAACUUUAUACUAAAUCUUUCAGUUAAGAUACUUAUUUAAUAAUCAUGUUAAUUUUUUAUAAAGAAUAGUGAUUUUGUUUAAGUAUUCAUAUACUUUAUAUACGUGUUUGUACAUAUUUGUAUAUUUGUUUAAAGCGAAUCAGUGAUAAUUUUUACUUCAACAAUUUGACUACUAUGAGAGUUAUACUAUUUCGAUACUAACAAGAAUCGAUAAUAUUCUUAGACUGAAAUAAAAUAUUCGCGAAAAAAUUAGUGUACGUAGUAGCUAUCAGUAAAAAUACAUAAAUACUAAAAUAUACACAAUUUUUAAUAGCAUAAUUCUAAAGUGUCACACGGAAUCCAUUUUGAACUUUCCAACGCAUCCCAUAAAUUGUAGUCUUGUUCUAUUGUUUCUCUAUUAAGUUUAUCUAUAUCUAUGGGGACUGAAUGUUCUGCAAAAAAAAAGAUUCAUUAUUCGUUUAGAAAAGUAAACAAUUUAAAAGAUUAUCCAAUUUGUUUUUUACCAAUCAAUUCUAAUUCAUCUUCUUCAGGUUUCUGAUCUGAUACAUAACUGUUAUACCCAUCUGAUGUGGGUUCGCUUUCAUAAUAACCUUGUUGCCAUGCGCUAUAACUAUUCCAGUAUGAUGAUGUAUCAUAGUAAUUAUACGCAUCCGAAUUCAUAUUUGAUGGUGUAUAUUCGGAUGACGACUGCGGAGGUGUAGAUCUACAAAGUAGAAAAUA